AUGGCCGACAAACCUGCGGAAACAAUUCAAACUCUUCUCGAAGCGGAGCAGAUGGCGAAAACACUCGUAGAGCAAGCGCGUAAAGAAAGAGACGUCAGGCUGAAGACCGCCGCGUCUGAAGCCGAUGCCGAGAUCGCUCAAUAUCGUGCAGCGAAGGAGGAUGAAUAUCAAGCUCAGGUGAAGAAAUACGUCGGCUCAACGGGCGAAACUUCCGACAAAAUCGCCGCUACCGCACAGAAGAACAUCAAGUCUACUGUUGCUGCUGCCAAGUCGAACAAAGCCUCCGUGGUGGACAUGCUGGUUUCAUACGUCCGUGAAGUCUAG